AACAAAAAUAGUUUACGAGAAAUUUUUCAUUUUACGUUUUUUGUAUUACUAUAAUGAGGCCAGAGAGCAUAUGUGAGUUCCACAUUUCAGCCCCAAAGGGGCUGCGCUAACAAGCUUUUUUCUCCAUUUUCAAUACAAUUCAUUAUACAUGUUCUAAGGUGCACUCACUUUAUCUAUGACUAUUCAUGGUAAAUCUCGAAAUUCCAAGGAAAAAAUCGAGUCAAAUCCAUUAAUAGCUCUCUUAUUUCUUUGUACUUGAAAUUAAGGAAUAUUCUAUAUCAUUUGACAUUCCACGGCAAUUAGUCUUGGAUAGCACUCAUAGAGAUAUAAAUCUAAGAUCAUCUGUAAGAUAUAAGAGAAAUGUUGCUGAAUUUUCGGAAGGUUUUGAUCGUUUUCUUGUGAGAAGAAAUUAUUAUGACGUUGCAAAAUCAUUUCUCUAAUUCGACUUAUUUUCAAUGUCCUGAGGAAUCUGUGUAACUUGAAGGAUAUUUAACAUCAGUUAGAGCGAACAAACGAAAUGCCUGCUUAAAGACUACACAUUGCCACAGUUAUGACCUGUUGAAUGAAGAGAGAGAGAAAAAAACGUUCUCUUACUUUGUCGCUUGAUCCUAGUGGAGUCACAACAGAUGAGACAGAAGUAGCUUGCGAAAGGAAGUGCACGUUUCGUAUUAUAUUAUUGCGCACUCAACACCACUUCAGUUGUGUGGUGACAGUAGACACCGAAUGCCUGCUGUUGAGCAUGGUAUGAUUUUACGUAGAAUAUCAGCUGCACUGCAAGUCAUGACGAUGAAUAUGACAAAUUGUAAGAGGAAGUGAAGAAAUACACUUGAAGACUAUAAAAAUGCUUGUAUACCUGCGGCUUCAAAACACUUUUUUCUUUCGCUUUAUUUCGGAACAAGAAAACGUAUGCUAUAAGGGUUCCUCACUUUAUCUUAGUUAUCCUGCUUUUCAGUGCAUAUUUCCAUGAUCGAGUCUGUGCUUAAAGUUUAGAUUUAACAUCAUGCAUUGCUCAACAAUGGAUUGCUUGCGGUAUUGCCGUGGGUACGGCAGUUUACCAAAAGUACAAUUCGUGGAGUGAUAUGGAUGAAAAACAAGCUUUUGGCACAACAUGCAAGUCACAAUUCAAAGGCGGUUUUCAUGAUUGGAAGUGGAAAUGGAGUGGCAAAUUCUGGUGUUCAUCUUUAAGUGAAACCAUCAUAGGUGAAAGUACACAAUGGAAAAGUCGGACUGGAGCCAUCGAACAUGCAAUUCAAGAUUAUGUUACAAAAAUGACAUCAGCUGGCUUACUGGAACUGCCACAGCUACAACAAUAA